AUGUCCGCUCAAUGCACGGGCCAACGGGGAAGUCUGAAGCUCCGACUGAGGAUGCCGCCUCCCUCCAAUAUCAAUUUGACUCCUGUCUCAACUCCGCCUGCAGUACGUUGCCCAUUGCCAACGACAUCUGCUGCAUUAUCCCGAUCUGCACCGGCAUACAUACCCGGCGAUUUCUCUCCAUCCUGGCCCCAUAACCCCCAGGACACCAACCUCCUCCGCGCGGGCUACCAACCCGGCUGGAAUCCCAAGGACACUCCCACUCCCAUCCCAUCAACCUUAAAAUCCGGACGAUUAGCCCCUCCACCCGGUAUGGCGGAGCCUCGCGCCCGUGCCGCCCGGCACAAGGGCCAGAUGAAUUUUUCAUCCGAGCUACGACUACUCCUUCUCGCCUACGGUGACCCACGUCCCCACCCCUCAUUUUCAGCCGAACCACUCCCCGAAACCGUGCGCGUCCUAGACGAAAUUGUCACGGAUUUCAUCCUCGAACUCUGCCACGGUGCCGCGCAGGUCGCACACCACGCGCGCCGACAAAAGAUCAAGGUGGAUGAUUUCCGCUUCGCGCUGCGCCGCGACCCGAAUAAGCUGGGUCGUGUGCAAGAGCUGUUGCGCAUGGAGCGUGAGCUCAAGGAGGCGCGGAAGGCCUUUGAUCAGAAUGAUGAUCAGGUUGCUAAAGAUGCUGGGAAGAAGGGGGCUGCUCCGGACGCUGAUGCGGAUGCUGGGAAUGAGGCAUUGCCGGCUGCGACUGGGAAGAAAGGCAAGGGUAAAGGGAAGAGAGCUGCAACUCGCAGGGGAUCAGAUGCUACUGAGGAGUCGGUCCCGAAGAAGAGGAAGACUCUCGGAUGA